UUAGUAUAGCUUUUGUAGUUAGAACAUUCCGGUGUCAUUAUUUCUUUAUUCAUGCCCAAGUGCAUUCCCAAUUUUGCACAAUCGAUCGUCAUGCACUGAACCUUAAUAGAAAUAAAAAAACAAAGCCCAAGAAAACAACAGCAGAUUAACAUGAGGCAUUUGAAGCAGGACUACCAGUUCAGUUGUUUUCUCAAUGUAUUAGGUUGACAUUCUGGUGAACAAUGCUGGUAGGUCACAGAUAGCUUUGGUGGAAAAAACAUCAUUAGAGGUGGAUAGAGCACUUUUGGAUUUAAACCUUGUUGGACCCAUCUCUUUGACCAAAGCAGUCCUCCCGCAUAUGAUUGAACGUCACGAGGGGCAGAUUGUGGUGGUGAGCAGUACCGCUGGAAAAACAUGCGUACCUUUUUCAGCAACUUAUUGUGCCAGUAAACAUGCAUUGCAGGGCUACUUUGAUACUGCCCGGCUGGAGCUGGCUGAGCACAACAUCCAUGUACAGACUGUUCUGCCAGGACCUGUCAAGACAAACAUUUCUCUUCAUUUUUUCACUGAGAACAUUGAUGAAAAGUUUAAGGAUCCACCUGAUAUAUCUGGCUUACAAUUAAUGUCGACUGAGCGCUGUGCAGAGUUAAUGGUAGUGAGCAUGGCAAACAACUUGGAUGAAGUUUGGAUUUCAAGUGAACCGGGUCUACUGAUGGUCUAUUUAAACCAGUACUUCCCAAACCUUUAUAGAUGGCUUACUAAGAUGUUCCUUAUGGAAGCCACAAAAACAAUUUUGCAGCAUAAAGAGAAAUCUGCAGCAGAACUGACCAGGGAGUCAUAGACUAAGGAAAUGGAAUGUAGAACAGUCGUGAAAAUGUAACAUUGUAUUGCCCCCUUUCCCUUCUAUAUGUGACUCUCAUCGCGCAGAAUUGUGUGACACAUCUGGGAUAUUUACGGGUGCAAUGGCGCUAAAUUUGAAAGACCGAGACGACAAAUGGCAUGACACAAUAAAGAAAAAUGGCCGUAACAGGCAAAGGUUCCCCUGCGUUUUAUUCUGUCACGGCUCGACUAUAAAAUAUGGAAAGGGUUGCAUAUGGCUUUUAAAGAAAAUAUUUUCAUAAUAAAAUAACAACCAUUUUUGACUCGGUA